GGCUACAUGAGUAAGUAUUCUUCUGUGUGACGAUGUGACAUUACAUUUUCUUCCGCCCAACCUCCAUCUUCACCUUAGGUUCUUUGGUGUGAACGUUCAGGUUCCACCUCUGCGACGAGAAAGUUCGCAUUUCUUUGCUGUGGGUAAUCAGAGGUCCUACUUGCAGGCUCUGAUUAAUACCGAAUAUCUAGCAGGGCUCGGUGCGGAUCUCGGGUAGAUUUAGGUGGACCGACAAAUGUCGACAAGACAAAACAAGAAGCGUAAGGGGCGAAAUAAUGUGCUCAAUCGCGAACGCACUGUCACCACACUCACGGAGGGUCCUGAGGGCACGUUUCUGAUCCCAACACCCACUGACGAACCUGCACCGUCUGCCAACAUCAUGUCUACACCAUUCUCUGUCGCAUCUAGUGCGGCUGCCACGGCUGGCGGCUUACCUCCCAAUUUUGCGAUGACUGGCGGAUUUGGACCAUUUUCAAACUACCAUCAACAUUACAUGCCUGGUCCGAUGGCUGGUCCUCCUUUCCAGCAACAACAGCCACCACAGUUCUUCCAACAGCCGCCGUCUGGUCCUCCUGGACAGUCUGACCUGGAAUUGCUCGAAAGGCUCAAGGAGACGAUAAAGAACAACCAGCAUGAAAUUUUUCGACCUGUUCCUCAACCUGAUGCUCUUGCCAGUGUUUACCUCGGUCCUCGGCCUGCAGUUUCGCAAGUCCCUCCACACCCAGAACAGAUUCCUAUGGCUCAUGAAUACGCAUCUAUGAGCGACAGUGCCGCUGGUGUGUCUUCUGGCAACAACGGCGUUGGCGCCACGUCGGCAAUCGCGGGUGACGCGCGUCGUCUCCGUGCGCAAGGUUCGGAUUCAUGGGACAACGCAAGGAAAGCGGGACCCGAUAGUGGAGUGACGCCACAAGUGUCUACUACAAAUAAUACUGGCUCUCAGAGAUAUGACCUUAGCUCUGGUAUGUCUUCUGCUGUGUCCAAGCCUGACAACCUCGAAGCGGAUACAACUGGUCCCCCUGGUCUCAACACUCAACCCUCGUCGCCCACUGCUGUCCAGCGUCAGCGGUCUCAACCUGAAGCACAAUAUGCCCACGGGAAUCUCGACAAGAUUACACUUGGUGAGUCGGUCGAAGUCAAGAAAGAGGAGAUACCUCCUCGACUUCGCGACUCUACUUGGAAUCAAAGGCCUGGUUCUCUGGACGACAUGAAGUCCUCUUUCAAUGACCAUGUUCGCAAUGGCAAUAGACCUGAAGCUCGCUACAAUGACAACAAUCGUAGUCGGUUCUAUGACAGAGAGAGGGAUCGAGACCGAGACCGGGAUAUCAACUGGGACAGGGACCGCGACCGUGUCGGUCCCGGAAUCCGCGUCAACAAUCGUGACAUUGACAGGGAUCGCCGUAACGAUGAUAGGUUUAGGCCCGACAACCGCCGUCCUACAGCUGAUCAACGUCACUAUGAACCACGUUACCCCCAAGGUCAAGAAGGCGGACUGAGACGAUAUGAUACCAAGUCGUCCAUCUCCUCUGCUCCCGAACUUCCAGCAACCGCAAAUGCUGCUCCUGCUUCUCGAGUAGAAGACACCAGAGAGCGGGACCGUGUUGGUCCUCCCGUGGACACCCGUGUGCCUCGGCCUUUGGGUGAAGAACGCUCUUCGGGCUCUCUUAGACUGGCUGAAGACAGAGACCGUCGCCCACCUCCUCCCUUGGAUGAUCGUCGACCUCCUCCUGAUGACCGUCGUCCGCCGCCUGAAGACCGCCGUCCUGCAUUUGAUGAUCGUCGUCCUCAAGAUGAUCGACGUGGACCUCCGCCUCCCCUUGACCGUGAGCGUUCAUCAAGAGCUUUGGAUGAUCGACGUCCGCCUCCUCCAGCUGCCGUAGACCGCAGACUUCCGCUUGACGAUCAUGAUCGCCGUCGAUCCCCUGGUCCAGGUGGUCCUGGCUACAAUAAUGAUCGUCCAGUAAGACCACUACCUCUCGAUGACCGUCGACCUCCUCGUGCUGGCUCUCCUCCUCCGCCACCUCCUGCUCUCAGCACUGGGGACCGCGGGCCUCCUGAUGACAGAAGACCACCUCCUGCCAGUAGGCCUAUUGACCGCACAAGGCAAGUUGCUGCACCACCUGCACGAGGACCGCCUCCUGCAGCCGAAGAUAGACGACAACUUCCUCCUGCUCCUCCUCCGGCUUCUACUGUUGUAGAUCGUGAUCGUCAAGGAAGACCUCCUGUAGAUGAUCGGAGUGGUACAAGAACCGGCGUGUCUACAGCUGUUACUCCUUCUGAUGCUUCUACUCGACCUCCUGUCGCAGAUCGUGACCAUCCUAUUGCACGACCUCCUCCUCAUGUUGAAGAUAGAGAUAGGAAUGUACGCUCACAUAUUCCGUUGGAAGAACGAAUAAGUCGACCAGUACCUACUUUGCAGGAAAGACUGGGUGGUAGGCCUGAACAAACGCCUACGUCAAGAACUGAAGCUGCUCCUAUUACUUCAAGUGAACCUCGUCUGCCUGUUGCACCUGAAUCUACUCUCCGCCCAGCUGAUGCCAGGGGUGAAGCCCAUACUGAAGCUUCUCGACCACCACCUGCCAUAUCAACAGCGGAAGAUCGCGGUCGUCCCAUCAUGUCUGACAGAUUCGCUCGCGGAGGUGCUCCUCCAGCAGGCGAUCGUGAACGUACUCGGACAGGACCCAUACCAUCUCACACUGGUCGUGCCCCAUCCGUUGUUCGGGAUGAUAGAACGUUCAAACCUCGUUUACCAACAGUCUCACCAUCCAGAAGAAAUGAAUAUCGCCCUGGCUAUCGACCUCCAGCAGAUUAUGAUAGGGAUAGAAGGCCUGAUAGUUCAGUGAUGGAUGUCGGUAAUCCGCCAAGAUAUGGCGCUAACGAUCGACCAUAUCGUCGGCCAUCCCCUACUGCCUACGAUCGCUCCGAUCGUAGCUGGGUCCCUGCUGCAGAUGCCUUCCCUGCAGACAGUGCUCGUCGCCCUCCGCCGGAUUCACACCCCUUCUCGCGCGAAUGGCGUGAGGACGAGCGAAGCUUUUCUCAAGAUUGGGAUCGAUGGCGGGAUCCUGAUCGUGAAAGAGACCGCGAGUUUGACCGUGACUCGCGAUUCGUUGAGCGUGAUGCUUUACCUCCUGCAGCUCCUCCUGCGACAUGGGAUCGUGACCGCAGGAUAUCCUACCCACCUGCCGCAGAUGCGCCAGCUGCCCCCGCGAGGCCAUUCGAACCACGUCCUUUGAGUGCACGCUUGUCGGACACCUAUCCUCCAGACGAUAGAGAUCGUGUCAUUGACCGGGACCGACCGUUUGCUAGGGAUUUUGAGCGCGGACGUUAUCCAGCUGACGAGCCUCCAGCAGCGUUCAACCGUGUUCGUCCUCGCAGCCCAAGCCCUGCAGGCUCUCUUCGUCGGCAUACAGAUGACCUUCGUCCACCUAUGAAACGUGUCAGAGAUGACGCUUAUUCUGCUGGUUAUUAUUCACCGCCUUCAGCCGUUAUGGAUGUUUCAUCUGACUACUCCCAUUCACAUGUUCCUGCCCGUCUGCGUACACCACCUCCAGCCGCUGGUUAUUAUGACGAAUCCCGAGGUGGGGGAUACAACGUCACCUCUGCAGCUAGGGGUGUCUCGAGGGAAAGAGAUUUUGCGGAUGCUAGGGACGCAUAUGCGUACGAUCGUCGGGAUGCACGGAUGCCUCCUCCCCCUCCUCCACGGCGCUCGCCACCUCCUUAUGGAAGAGCUUAUGACAGGGAUGAUCGGCGUUAUAUACCUCCCCCUCCCCGGCCUUGAGCCCGAAACAUUUCAUGUUUGUUAGGUCGGUUGAAUGUAUUGAGACAUCCGCAUGGGAACCCUGACACUGACAGCUUAUUUUCACAGUUGCUUGGCACGUCGACGUGUAUUCAUUGAAGUGCGUCUUCUGAACAUCGAUGUCUCCACUGUUGGAUGGUAUCUGCCUGUUUGUAUCCAUGAUCUAUGUGCUCUGAAUUUACGACUAUCUAUGUCCCUUAUGUAUAUACUAUCUUGAUUUUACGAUUGCGUCCACUACGCAUCGUGUAUGUAAUUUAUGACCAUGCAAUGCAGCCUGCCUAUUUGGUCAGUUGUUGUAUUCCGGAGUGUAGACUUGGGAGCGAAAUAAGGCACGCUGACAGCA